AUGAGGAAAGGGAGAGGCUCUUCCGUGGCUGGACCCGCCCUUCCCGGAUCUAUGAAAGAGCCGAGGUAUAGAGGCGUUAGGAAGAGACCUUGGGGUCGAUUCGCUGCUGAGAUCCGUGAUCCGUUAAAGAAAUCCCGUGUCUGGCUCGGUACUUUCGAUUCCGCCGAAGAAGCCGCUCGAGCCUACGACGCAGCCGCUCGUAACCUCCGUGGCCCAAAAGCCAAAACCAAUUUCCCCAUCGAUUCUUCUCCUUCUUCUCCUCUCCAACCACUCAACUACCACAAUCAUCAAAAUCAGAAUCGGAAUCUCUGUUCCGGUGCUCUGAAUCAGAACCAGAUCGAUCCGUUUAUGGAUCAUCGGUUAUACGGCGGAGGUAAUUUCCAGGAGCAGCAAAACCAACAGGUUAUCAGUCGGCCGGCGAGUAGCAGCAUGAGCAGCACCGUCAAAUCGUGUAGCGGACCUAGACCGACGACGAUGGAAGCUGCGGCGGCGGCGGCGUCUUCCUCCGUGGCGAAACCGUUUCCUGCGACGAAGAGAUAUCCACGGACUCCACCGGUUGCUCCGGAGGAUUGUCACAGCGAUUGCGAUUCGUCGUCUUCGGUUAUUGACGACGGAGACGAUAUCGCUUCGUCUUCUUCUCGCCGGAAACCGCCGUUUCAGUUUGAUCUUAAUUUUCCGCCGUUGGAUGGCGUUGACUUAUUCGCUGGCACAGAUGAUCUACACUGCACCGAUCUACGUCUCUGA